AUGAGUACUAGAAAAUUGGUUCCUCGUAAGAAGGGGUCACUAUCUAUUUUCAACAAUCUGACAGACGAACUCAUUAAUGAAAUCCUCAUAAGACUACCAAAUAGCAAAGUAGCAAUUCGUUGCAAAUUGGUUUGCAAACGUUGGUUGUCUCUAAUCUCCUCAGAUUACUUCGUUACUACCUCCACCUUUCACCAUCAAGAUAAGGAGGGACCCUUUACUCUUGUGUUAUUACUUGGUCAGAAAAAUAAUAAUACACGUGUAGGUUAUGUAGAGUGUCCAAAACCAAAACGUGGUAUAUCAAGCCAUGUAGAUUUAGGGUUUCUCCUUAGUCAAACCGAUAAAAUACGCUUAGAAGCAUCCUAUGGUGACUUAAUUUUAUGCUCUGAUGGAAGAAAUAAUUGCUCCAUUUGUAAUAUUCUUACUAGGCAAUGGAUUAUUCUUCCACCUUCCCUAUAUAGUGGUGGAUGUAUUGGUUUCGUGAUUGAGCCAGAUAAUAAUAAUGCUCGAUACGAGUAUCGGGUGAUACGAUAUUUUCCUCGUAAUGGUAGGAGGAUUAAAGGGGAGAUAUUUUCGUCCGAGAAAGGAAGAUGGACCCAAUUGGUUGUUACAUCUCCGUGCACUUUGGAGGACUUUAGAGAUGAUACCAAGACUUCACUUAUUGCUUGUGGACGAAUGUUAUAUUGUAGCCCUCCGGCUGAUGACUUUGUUCUGGCAUUUGAUCCAUUCAUCACAAAUGAUGAUCAAAUUCUACACAUUAUUGAUUUACCACUUGUGGCGCGUGAUAUUCCUCCGUAUCAUUAUCAGCUGUCUUCUAAAUUGGGAGUGUGUCGAGGUCGUCUACGGUUUGUUCAAGUAACUCUGCUGCCAAGUUCAUCCCGUUGUAUACGUGUAUGGGAGCUUGAGGGGGGAUUACACAAUGGGAAAUGGACAUUGGUGCAUGAGAGAAUCCCUACAUUCACACGACCACAACGUUCUGAUGACAUAAAUGUUUUUUAUGUACUGGCUUUCCACCCAAACAAUGAGGAUCUUAUAUGCUGUCGUGCAGGCAAUUAUAGUGUUGUCGUGUACAAUUUACGAACGGAUAAAGUGGAAAGUUGUAUCUACCCUCGUAUAUUCAUGAUGCCGGAUUGGCUAGAAGUAUCAGCACCAAGUUGUGCUGCGUUACAAGUAUUACCAAUUACACAAAAAUGGUGGCCAACACCAGUAAGAGCACUGUGA